AUACUUUAAUUAUGUAUGGGUUACUAGCUUUUGACCGUUAUUGACCGUAUGUUGACACACUGGCUGGAUGUUCCACUACUAAUAGUUCAACAAAAUACAAACAAAACAAAUUAUUCUCUCCUCAAUCGCUCAAUCUCAAGAAUAUAAGAUACACGUACACAAAACGCUGCUUCUAUAUUUAUAUUGCAACGGGGAUUAAGUGAACACAUUGUGGAGUUCGCGGUGACGUCGAGAGAGACGAGGGUCGAGUGCGCAAAUUCCACAGGCUGCAGGAAUAUAGGUACUAGUUACUUGUCACCAAUAACUAAUUGGGUAAUUGGCAAAACGUUGUUGAAAGAUAGUCGAUCCAGCUUAUCAUAGUCAGACAUUUCGAUAAGUAAUCUAUAAGAACUUACAAAGUGACCAAAGGGAGAAAAAAAGAGCUUCUGUAAAUACCUAUAGUUUUUAGCAGACAUUGCAUAUAUUGUUGAAAGUUGGAGAGGAAACAAGACUAAGGAAAGAUGAUGUCAGGACUGAUAAAUUUACCCCGUUUUAGCAGUAAUGUAGUACCACAAGCUAGCUGCAUUUGGUUGCCUUCUCGGUUCAAUCGAAAGAGCUAUGCAACUGCAGUAUCAAAGCCAUCUGUUCCUGGCAAAAAAAAUAUUGUCUACAUCGAUGGAGUUAGAACUCCAUUUUUGCUAUCAAAUACUGAUUACAGCAAACUCAUUGCACAUGACCUUGCCAGAGAAACUCUUGUAAAUUUGCAAAAGAAGACGGGCAUCCCAAAGGAAGCCAUUGAUUAUGUGGUCUAUGGUACCGUGAUGCAAGAAGUUAGAACUUCAAACAUCGCUAGAGAGGCUGCUUUGGCUGCUGGAUACAGUCAGCACACUCCAGCUCAUACAGUCACUAUGGCUUGCAUCAGUAGCAACGUCGCCUUGACCACAGGGAUUGGCUAUAUAAACUCUGGUGUCUAUGACACUGUUAUUGCUGGGGGUGUUGAAUUCAUGUCCGACAUUCCCAUUAGACACAGCAGAGCCAUGAGAUCUCUUAUGCUUAGAGCAAACAAAGCUAAAACUCCUAUGCAGAAAAUCCAACUGUUGGCAACCAUCAGACCAGGCCACUUUGUUCCUGAUUUGCCAGCAGUAGCCGAAUUCUCUACCAACGAAACUAUGGGCCAUAGCGGAGAUAGACUAGCUGCUGCUUUUAAUGUCACCAGACAAGAACAGGAUGAGUAUGCUCUUCGCUCACAUACACUUGCUGCUCAGGCUCAUCAAAAUGGAUACUUUAGUGACAUGGUGCCCUUUGUCGUUCCAGGUGCCAAGCAAGUUGUUAACAAAGACAAUGGCGUCCGAGUCUCAACAAAAGAUCAACUGGCUAAAUUGAAGCCAGCCUUUGUUAAACCUUAUGGAACAGUAACUGCCGCUAAUGCUUCAUUCCUUACGGAUGGUGCAUCUGCUGGCUUAAUAAUGACUGAAGAGAAAGCUAAACAACUUGGAUUGAAGCCUAAAGCUUACAUUCGGGACUUUGUAUAUGUUUCUCAAGAUCCCAAGGACCAACUUCUAUUGGGACCUGCUUAUGCCAUUCCCAAGGUACUUCAAAAGGCAGGUCUUACUCUGAAAGACAUUGGAGUUUGGGAAGUUCACGAGGCAUUUGCUGCUCAGAUUUUGGCUAACUUGAAGGCUCUUGAUUCUGACUUCUUUGCCAAAACUUAUUUGAAACGAUCAGAGAAAGUGGGUGUUCCUGAUCUGAAGAAGUGGAAUUCAUGGGGAGGUUCCCUUUCGAUUGGCCACCCGUUUGCUGCUACUGGUAUUAGGCUAACUACUCACACAGCCAAUAGAUUAAUAAAGGAAGACCAACAGUUUGGUCUGAUUGCCGCAUGUGCUGCUGGUGGACAAGGAGUUGGAAUGAUCAUUGAAAGACACCCAGACGCAAAAAUUUAAGUGCAUUUAAAUGCACAAGAAAUUAAUGAAAUCGCAUUGUAAGUUGUUGGAAAUGAAAUUUUCAAUAGCUUUUCAAGACAGCGUCAUCCACAAGUACAGAAAGUUGCAUUCGUUAUUCGCUUUUUACAUUUAUAUGUCAAUUUAUAUAUUUUUAUAAGAGAUUUUCUGGAAUUUUAUAAAUGAUUAUAUA